UUCCAAGUUCGCCUUAAGUUCCCACCCACCUUUGAUAACGCCGACAGCAUCUGCCAUCCAAAGGCAGAUAGAUAGGGGGACAGAGACACCAGAGCAGUAUUCUCAAAUUCGGACUCAUUCAAUGGCGUCCACCAUGAGUACAUACGAUGCUGGCUUCUGCCGCAACAUAUCAUUGACUGUGGGGCCGAGGCGGAGACGAAUCCCUGGUUUUGGUGUUGCUACCGUUAAUGCAAGGCCUAGGCGCUCAGCAACUGUGGUGGUCAGGGCAGAGGGUCAAACCAUAAACCCAGAAAUAAGGAAGACGGAAGAGAAGGUGGUCGACUCUAUUGUGGUUACUGAGCUUUCCAAGCCCCUUACUGCUUAUUGCAGAUGCUGGAGGUCAAAGACUUUCCCUCUUUGCGACGGAAGCCAUGUAAAGCACAACAAAGCUACAGGGGACAAUGUUGGGCCUUUGCUCUUGAAGAAACAGUAAAAAUUUAUAAUUGGUGUUUUCAUCAUGGUUUGGUCCCCCAUGUUAAUUUUGAUUUUUG